AUGCCCAGCUCGUGUCAAGAAUUGCGCGACGCGCUGGCCCAGUGCCUCCAGGAAUCCGACUGCGUCAUGGUGCAGCGCAACCGCGCGGCCGACUGCCUCCGCGAGCCGCUCUCGUCGACGCUCCCGACAAAGUGCCAGCAGCUGAAGAAAGGCUUUGGCGACUGCAAGCGCGGCAUGGUGGACAUGCGCAAGCGGUUCCGCGGCAACAUGCCCGUGGCGUACCAGAGCGAAUCGGCCAACGGCCCGCGGCCGGCCGCCGACGGGGACAAGGGCUACCAGCUGUACGCCGGCUCGUCGGCGUUUAGCGGCGCGGUCAAGGAGACGAGCGGCAACGAGCCGAUUGCGCCGGACUGGCGGGACAUCGAGAACGAGCGGUACAGGGCCGAGCAGGCGGCGAUUGCGGCGGCGAAUCAAAAGUAG